AUGAACACAAUAUUUGAAAUUGCUGACCACCAAGCUCAAGGGAUUUGGAAAUUUUGGAUGCCAUAUGACCAUAUUGACUCUUGUGAGAUUUUCAGAGGCAAGUUGUAUGAGAUGUCUAAGCAGAAAAUUCUCAAAGAAGGAGAAUAUACUUUAACUCCGAAAUUCUUAAUAAAUUUGAGUUCCUCGCCUAAGAAAAUGGUCCCGAUUGAGUGAAAGAUCCUCGAGCCUUUUGUUGAGCAUGAUGAAACGGGCAAUCAUUAUGGUUUUAGGUUAGGUCAUAACCAGCACUCCCGAGAUUUCUAUGUGUCUGAUGUUAAAUUCUUAGACAGUUGGAUCGAAAAAUUAUCCAGUCUGUGCAUAAAAACAGACAUAGAAGAUGACUAUGAAUUCAUAAAACUGAUUGGAACAGGCAAAUUCGCUCAAGUUUUCCUUGCAGAGAGCAAUGAAGAUUUCGAAAGAUAUGCAGUAAAGGCAAUAAAAAAAGACCGCCUUUUAAAGGAUUCAGAAUUACUAAACUCUCUGACAAAUGAAAUAAAAAUUAUGAGAAAAUGCAUCCACCCAAAUAUAGUAAAAUUGCAUAGAGUUUACGAAAGUAAUACUCAUGUAUACUUAGUAGAAGACUUUGUCAGAGGAGGUUGCAUGUUUACAAGAAUAAUAAAAAAGAAAAGAUUUACUAUGGAAACAAUAGUAAAACUCAGUCAUAGGCUAAUGGGAGUUCUUGAAUAUCUCGACUCAUUAAACAUUGUACAUAGGGAUAUUAAAUUAGAAAAUAUCCUAAUGGUUUCUGAACACAACGAUUAUGAAUUCAAGUUAGCUGACUUUGGGUUAGCUGAAGAAGCAACAGGGGAUCUCUUCAAAAAAUGCGGAUCUCCAGGGUAUAUUGCUCCUGAGGUAAUAAAUGGGCUUCCAUAUGGAACAAAAGCAGAUCUUUUCAGUACAGGCAUUGUUUUAUAUAUAUUAAUUAGCGGAAAAAUGCCCUUUUUUGGAAAGACAGCCCAAGAUAUACUAGUAAAGAAUAAAGAAUGUAAAUUAAAUUUCGAAGAACAAAUUUGGAGAGAGGUUUCAAUGAACUGCUUAGCAUUUGUGACUAAAAUUUUGAACAAAGAUCCUUGUCGUAGAGGCUAUGCAAGAGACCUUCUCAAACAUCCAUUUUUUAACGAAAGUAGAGUAGUUAUAGAUGAUGUAAAAAAAUUACAUAAAAGUGAAACAAAAGUAGCAGAAGAGAGGAUAAUUAUACAUAGAAAGCUAUCAAAACUUUAG